AAAAAUAAACCGAGAUCUUCCCUUCUCCUUUGACACUCUCUCUUAUCACUCCUCACGCCCAAUUCCCCAGACGGACAGACCACACUGACCGGGACACGCCUGAGAGGAACGAAGCUUCAACUUCAAGUCGCCUACAUCCUCCACUCAAUCCCUGCGUUUGCCGAAGCAUAGGAUGGCAACACUAAGAAGUUUGAAGAUCAAAACAAGUACUUGUAAACGCCUAGUGAAAGAGCUUCAUUCUUAUGAGAAAGAGGUCGAGAGUGAGGCUGCCAAGACUGCCAAGAUGAAGGAAAAUGGAGCCGACCCUUAUGAUCUGAAGCAACAGGAAAAUGUGUUGGGAGAAUCAAGGAUGAUGAUUCCUGAUUGUAGAAAGCGGCUGGAGUCAUCCUUAGCUGACCUUAAAGCUACUUUGGCAGAGUUAGAAGAGUUGAAUCAGAAGGAAGGUGCAGAAAUUGAAGAUGCUCGGACCACUAUUUCCCAAGUUGAGAAACUGUUUCCAACAAGCUCAACUUCAGAAUCUGAAGUAUUGUGAUUUUCCAUUCCUUGUUGGGGAUUUGGAUAUUAGUUUUAAAUUUUCCUUAGGUUGGUUUGGAUGAAUUGAGUGUUUCUAGCACUGCUUCUUCCCCAUUCCUAUUUGGCAUUUUGAACACUUCAGAUUUGACCAAUGUUCUAUAGUAUGUAUUGAGCUUUCUAUCUCGGAAGUUGGAAUGAAUUUAUUUUCCAUUUACCAA